AGGAAAUCAACCCCGCGCGCUUGUCGAUCGAGAACCCUAAGAGCCUUCGGCACCCCUAAUCGUGAGGAUAUCCGAGCGAUGACCUCCCCGCUCGCGUUCCUCUACGUCCGGCGCCGGCGGUCGCCCCUCGCCGGAGCGUUCUUCGCCCCCGGGGACCUGUCCGGCGCCGCCCUCCUCCACGCCCUCGCCGCCCUCCUCCACGUGCUCUCCGCCGAUGUCGCCUGCUGGCCUGCCCGGUCCCAGCGCCGUAACUGCCGGUCCCUCGCCCGCGUGCUCGGGAUCCUCGCCAUCCUCUUCGAUUCCCUUAAGGAAUCCUUCGCCCCCUCGCCCUCCUCCCCCCUCCCGCCGCGGUUCCCCCCCUCGGCCGUGCUGUGCCUCCGGGAGCUCUACAUCUUUGUCUACAGAGCCAAGCUCCUCCUGGAGUACUGCUCCCAGUCGAGCCGGCUCUGGCUUCUGAUACGGAGCCCCCAGAUCUCGGGCUACUUCCACGACCUCUCCCAGGAGCUGGCCACGCUGCUCGAAGUCCUCCCCGUUGACGACCUCCGCCUCGCCGCCGACGUCCGCGAGCAGAUCGAGCUCCUCCGGCGGCAGUGCCGGCGAUCCAAGCUCUGCCUCGACCCCAACGAGGAGGAUCUCCGACAAAAGAUCCAAUCUUUCUUGGGUCAGUUCGAGACCAGGAAGGCACCGGAUCCUGUGGAGCUUCGGAACACUUUCUUCGACCGGCUGGGAAUCCGUGACGCCAGGGCUUGCCGGAAGGAGAUCGAAUUCCUGGAAGAACAUAUCUUUAAUCAGGAAGAAGACGUCGAUACGUCCGUCAUCAGCGGGGUAAUUGCGCUCACGCGGUAUUGCAGAUUCUUGCUGUUUGGAUUCCAAGAAAUGGAGGUCGAGAGGCCCUUCAGCGACCAGGGUAAGAUAUCGAGGAAGCGAUUGGUGAGUCAGGGGAGCAGUGUGAGCCAGGGGAGCGGCGAUUUCUCGCUGACGAUCCCCAAGGACUUCUGCUGCCCGAUCUCGCUCGAUCUGAUGAAAGACCCGGUGGUCGUCUCUACUGGCCAGACGUACGAUCGUGCUUCCAUCACUCAGUGGAUCGAAGAAGGGCAUCGCACUUGCCCUAACUCAGGCCAAACUCUUUCGAACAAUCGCCUUAUCCCGAACAGAGCUCUUAGAAGCUUGAUCUCCCAGUGGUGUGCCGCUUACGGAAUCCCACACGAAACCCCCGAUGGCGCUGAUGCUUCAGCUGAGAGCAUCGUGGCAGCAUGCACUAGCAAGGCGGCAACUGAAGCAAACAGAGCCACCGCAAGAAUCUUAGUGCAGCAGCUGUCGGUCGGUUCGCAGGAAUUGAAGGCCGUCGCUGCCCGCGAGCUCCGGCUGCUGGCGAAGACCGGGAGGGAGAACAGGUCUUUCAUUGCGGAGGCAGGGGCCAUCCCCCUUCUCUGCCGCCUCUUCCGGUCGACGAACCUGAUGGCCCAACAGAACGCGGUGACCGCGAUGCUAAACAUAUCCAUUCACGACGACAACAAGAGCCGGAUCGUGGAGGAGGAAGGAUGCCUGAGAUUGAUCGUUCACGUUCUGAGGCAUGGGUUGACCGGCGAGGCAAGGGAGAACGCGGCGGCCACAUUGUUCAGCCUGUCUGCCGUGCACGACUUCAAGAAAACGAUCGUGGACGAGGAGGGUGCUGUGGUCGGACUGGUCAAUUUGCUGAUGCAGGGAAGCCAAAGAGGGAAGAAGGAUGCAGUGAUGGCGCUGUUCAAUCUUUCGACUCACUUGGACACCUGGUCUCGGAUGCUGGAAUUGGGGGCGGUGUCGGCGCUGCUCGAAGCACUGAAAGACGAGAGCGUCGCCGAAGAGGCCUUAGGAGCUUUGGCAUUGCUCAUGAGGCAGCCCGUGGUGGCACAGGCAGUCGGGAGUGAGGACGCUGCGAUCGCCAGCCUGUUGGAGAUGAUGAGGAGGGGAACCCCAAAGAGGAAGGAGAACGCGGUGGCAGCGCUGCAUGAGAUGUGCCAGCGUGGUGGUCUGCCUGUGACGCAGAAGGUGGCCAAGACGCCGAUGUUGGGCGGGUUGAUCCAGACCAUCCUGUUCACGGGGACGAAAAGGGCCAGAAGAAAGGCGGCGUUGCUUGCUAGGAUGUGCCAGAGGUGUGACUCGCCGGCGGCCAUGGUAUAUGGGAAUGAAUGGAGUCCGAGCCGCGCGUUGGCGAGAAGCAGCUCCUCGAGAGGUACGAGCUUCCGAAGCGGGGAUGUGUCGGUUUCCAUGUCCAGGGCUGUUCGAGUACCUGUGCUAUAGCUUGGAUGCUAGUAAUGCGGUUUCCAUGUACAUCGUUCCUGUAAGUUCAUUGGAAGAAUUGUUGAAAGAAGAUGAAUCGAAAUACUGUUCUACACAACACAUGAUCUAUAAAUUAUGGUGAAAUGAUUUGAAACAGAGCUCACAAGCCCGCUGGUGGAUUACUGUGCUGUUCACUGGUGUGAUAGCAGGAAAGGAGGAGCGGACAUCGGUUGCUGUUCGUUUCCGAACUACUUUUUACCAAAACACCCCCCAACACCCCCACAAAAAAACCCCACACACGUGACAAUCACGUGCGGUUUUUAUUGGAUGCUAUAAAUCGAGCAUAGGCUGUCUCCCUUGCGGAUAGGGACGAUUACUUUUGCUGGGGGGAGAUGAUGACGCAGGCGCUCCUCUUCCCAAACGGCAGCCUCCGCUCGCCUGCCGCUUUCUUUCCGCCGCCUCUGAAGCUUGGGCAUCCCAGAUCGAUCUACGGGGCAGCUUAUUGAACUUGGCAGAGAUUACAGAUGCCGUUCUACACAAUGCAUCUCAAAGUGGCACAUCUCGAUUUCCCAUAUUGAGUAUUAGAUCUGAAGGAAAUAGAGGAGGACGUCCUCGGAAAGACACAUCUCCUAAUAAGACUAGGAAAGAGGCUGAUAGGUUGAAGGACCCACCAACAUCAAAUGUUGAGUCAUCAAAUGCUGCUAGUCAGGAUGAGAUAAUCGCUUUGUUCAAAAGGAUACAGACUUCAAUCUCGAAAGGUAGACCAGCUACUCCGAGAAGGAGAAACCUCAAAAGUCAAAAGGAGAAGAAAACUGGUGAACCAAUUCCAAAGGAUUUCAAACAGGAACAAGUAAGAGAAGUUGCAAGACCACUCUCAAAAUUUGUGAAGAAGUCACCUAUCCCAUCACCUUCAUUGGUACAAGAUGAUAAGGAGGUAGCUGAGGAACAACUGCAAUCAGUAAUGAGUAACAAAGUGGCCGACAAACAACAGCAGCAGGCACUAACUACAGAUAGAGAAUCCAAUGUGCAGAAUCUAGAUGAAUUGAAGCUCCCCGAGUUGAAAGAACUUGCAAAAAGGAGGGGAAUAAAAGGUUACUCAAAGCUGAAGAAAGGAGAAGUGUUACAACUUUUGAAGGGGCUGUCAGAAUCCACAUGAUGAGUUGGAAGCUUCACAAGGACAAGGAGAUUUGAUGCUAAAGAAUCCAAAGAUCUUUCAACUGACAUAGCUGUUGAUUCUUUCAGUUUCUUUACGAGGAAUUAGUCUUUUGGUUCAUGUGGCUUCAUUAGUUUCUUGUUUGACUUGGUUAAAUUUAGGUGUCUUUCUUCUCAGUUUCAGUGAUUCUUUCUUUGAUGUCUUAUGUUUUGUUUGAAUCAAACAAAGAUCUCUCUUUGAACUGGAUUGGUUAAUGGUUCUUUGUUAAUGAGCCACCUUCUGUGACAAGCCCUGUCAAGGAUCGUUAACGACUGUUAAAUACUAUACUUGAUAUUUUGAUGCGUCUC